AUGAUAACGAAGGCAGUAGAAGCUAGUGGAACAGUUACUAUUACAACUGUAACCCAGCAACUAUUUCGAACAAAGAUGGAUUUUAAUGAAUGUUUCAUUCAUCCAAAGUCAUUCUCUUUAGACCCUAACAUUUAUACAGAACUUGUAGAACAUUAUACAAACGAGGCUUUAUGUUUUCCUGUUAAAGUUAUGGAUUGGAUUCCUAUGGACGGUUCAUUCUCAAAGAAUACAGAUAGUUCAAGUGCAACAUUUACAGCAGCUUAUACGCCUAUUAAUGUUAAAAGUAUUUGGACACUAUUUAGAAAGAAAGACAACUAUUAUGUUAAUUUUGAGAACCCUAAGUUUAAAUAUCUUCAGCUUUCCAUGGGAGCUUAUGGAAAUAUGCCUGCAGAACCUGAAAAAUCAUAUGGACCUGUAUUUUAUGAAAUGGUUGCGAACGCUUGCAAUACAAACAAUGAUAUGAUUGGAUUUAAUGAAGAUGUUAUGAGGUCAUUGGUGGAUGAUGGUAGUGU